AUGUCGGGAAGUCCACAUUGCGCCACAGCUGGGCCUCCAGCCGCCCGCGACCCAAAUGGGAGCAGCAGACAUGUGCCUUGGAGUAUUCAGGGCCUCCCAACCACCAGCCGGCUGGCCGCGGAAGUUCAUGCGACGGCCUGUGCCCAGGAAAUACUCAGCAAAGAAAUCAAGAACAUCCUCGCAACCCCAGUUGACACGGCCCUCGAUCGGACCCAGAGAGAUCCUCGUGAAGCUGAACGAAACGGACCCGGAGAAAACAAGCCACCGAGCAACCUUCGAAGAGGAUCCGACACUAUAGAAAACGCAAGUCAUCGCUGUGAAACGACACCCAGUGGUGACCUGACCCUCUUGACCCCAGACCAACAAAGAACGGAACACCUCAUCGCACACUGA